CCUUCUAUGCGGAAACCAGCCAGAGUGGAAAACGGCAAUUAAUUGAAUCGUUUUAAAGAAAUCAUCACACCAUUUGAACGAACUACAACACUUUUCAAAUUCGGUAGUUUACGCUGAUCAAGAUGAGUUAUCGAUUUUUUAGACCUGAAUUGCAUUCAAAAUCUUUUGAUCUUUUUCGUCAACCAUGCAAAAAGUACUCACGCAUUUUACCAAAUGCAUCGUGGGCUACAGUACCGAUGCCGAUUCGUACACCACCCAAUGAAGAUGAAUUGAAAGCACAUUUCGUAAGUUUCGGCUAUUCGGUUGACAUUACAACGAAAUAUCGUCGUAUUUUCACGGAUGAAGAGCAACCGUCGUCGGGCGAAGGUGUUAAGAGCGAUUCAUCGAGCGAAUCAAAUGCCCCACUUCAAUUAUACUGCGGUCAUAUACCAAGUGAUGUAACCGAACGUGAGCUCUUUGAUGUAAUCAAUGGUCACGCAAAACCCAUUGAAAUUUGCCUAAUGAUGGACGCCGUUACUCAAAAACAUCGUGGUUUUGCAUUCAUCAAACUGGCCAAUGAACAAGAUCAACAGCUCAUUUUAAGCAAAAUCAAUGGUUUCGAAAUACGACCAAGUCGAUAUUUAAAAUUAAAUAUUUACAAACCAAAUCGGUCCUUGUAUGUGGCAAACAUUCCGAAAUCGAUCAGCGCCGACCAGUUGCGCGAAGAAUUUGAUAAAAUAUUGCAAGGUAUUGCAAAUGUUGUGGUCUAUCGACCGUUUAGCAAUUGUCGCAUUGGCGAUCAAAAUCGUGGUUUUUGCUUUUUGGAAUUUGAAUCACAUGAAAUGGCUCGCGUUGCCAAACGAAAGCUGGAACAAGAUCCAAAGCGUAUUUUUACGAAUGCCGUUUUUGUCGAUUGGGCCGAUUCAUUGGAUCCACCAUCCGAUGAGGUGAUGCAAAAUGUGCGCGUACUUUAUGUACGAAACAUACACGAAACGGUUACCGAAUCACAAUUGGAACAAGUCUUCAGUCCGUUUGGUGAAAUUCAACGCGUGAAGCGAAUCAAGAACUUUGCAUUCAUUCAUUUUCUCAAUCGAUGCGACGCUUUAAACGCAAUGAAAUCAUUGCAAAAUUUACAAUUGUGCGGCGAAAAUAUCUCGAUAUCGCUAUCAUAUCCACCGCUUGACAAGAAGAAAAAAGAAGAAGUACUCAGAUUAAGACAAGAAAGAAUCAUGAGAGAAACUCCCAUUCGCAUUCGAUAUUAAGCGAUUAAUUAACCAUUAUCUUCAUGUUUUUCCCAAUGUAUUCACAAUAAAAAAAAAAUAAUUAAAUAAAUAAAUAAGCGACAUUACGAAGAAAAAUGAAAUAC